ACGAAGCGUCUUCUUGCAAGCGUCUAGUGUGCAUUAUAUGUACACGAUCCCGAGUUUAUGCACUCUCGCACGUACAUAGACCACCUACUACCCCAGGUCUGCGACAAGCAAUCAACCGACCGAGGUUGCGACCACGAACGAAUGGAAAUCAUUCUGUAGAAGGAAUGGAGGAAGUGGAGCGCGAACAUAUUUCGAGGGACGGUAUGGUGUGGUUUUAUCUUCGAUAUAUCGAGCUCAGAUAAGCCGACGAGCAUUAACCCUGGAAAAUGACGACACCUUUUCUCGUGCAACGUAAAAGUAGAUACGCGUGGGUCCGAAAGUUUCUGGCUCGACUGACUGCGAAUGAUCGAUGAUCAACUUGUUUGGAAAAAAAAAUAAAAAUUACGAGUUUCGAGGAAGCCUCGGUAGGUAUAUUUCCUAUGGUUUCGUAGUAAUUGUCUUUAGUUCGAUAACGUACACGGUAUUCUUAUGGAAACAAAAUCUCCGUGAUUUAUAACAUAUUAAUUUAUUAAUAUCGAUCGAGCGGUAAAGCGUGACGGUGAUACGGUGCUGAGUACACGGCCGCACGGCCGCAGCAAUACCUUCUCGAAUUACACAGUCGCAAUUGCAUUAACACGAACUGAAAGGGAACCUUCGUCGGUCUAGACGCUGAAACAAGACAGUGUUACGAGCUUCGUGAACGUGACUGCACAUACCUAUCCGCGCUAGCGUCCGUACAAGCACGAAACGCUCGGAAGCCGGUACGUGCGAUCAUCGAGCGAAAAUCUAAAAUCAUCAGCUACUCGAAACGUCAACUAAAAUCGUCCACCACCUUCGGAAAACAAAAAUAAUGUAACCGAAAUCCUUUAAGCUUCGAAGUGUUUUUACGUGGUUGUGAUAGAAGCUACGAUUAAGUACUUAUGUGUAUACGUGUAAAUAAAUGUCACGUUAUUUUUUACCCUUCUUUGGAUACUCCGAAUAAGGCUUGAAAAAUCACAUAGAUCGUGGUCAGAAUAAUUAAAAAAAAAAAUUGAUGAAGCACACGAACGUAACAGAUGUUCCAUUAGUCCAACGAAGCCGUUCGUUUUUCGAAACGAGAAUUAGACGACUUCCAUCGCCAUGAUUUUUAUCCCUUCGAAUAUUAAAUCGAACGGUUAGAACAAUGCAUCUCUGACCGAAGAAUGCGAAAAGGAUCUGGCAUGGAUAUAAAAGGCCGGUGGAAAGAAUACGGUUGUGAUUGAACGCGAAGGGGAGAGGAAAAUUCGUGGAGAGGACACGGAUGAGGCGAGGAAGGAACGCAACGACGGUGGACGAGGGAAGAGUUGACUCGAAACCUGAAAGCGUCGCUUCGAAGCUCGACAAGUUUCAGAAACUUGGACGCGCUCUGUCGCGAGAGAAUCAGUUUUUCAUAUCCGAAGUGAACCGGAUGUUGCAAGGAUGAAAUAUUUAUAAUCGUGAUAUUUUGUGAACAGUUCAGUGAUCGGUGAAAUAUAUUUCUCUCACUUUUGUGUGUUUCAAUCCACUUCGACUUAGAACAUCGAGUCUGAAACACGCACGAUACGAGUGCGUAAUCGAAAUUAACUGGUAAACGAAGAGAAGCAAAGAGAAGAGUGAAAAAUCAACGAGUUCGUGGUCGAAAGACGGUUCGACAUCGAAAAUAGCAUGCCAGCGAAUCGGCCACGAUGUCCAGCACACCAGUCGACGUUCGCAAAUAAUCCGGGCUCAACGUGCUUUCAAACUCGUGCACAUAAACAGGGUUUAAGUUAUCGAAGAUUGUAGAAUUCACGUGAAACGUAGAAACAUUACGAUGGAGGUGGAGAUAGUGCCGUUUGUGGAGAAUAAUGUAAACGGAGUCAGAGGGGAUGUACCACGACAUGGUAGUAGGGUACAAUUAACAAGAAAAACACGGACGUCGCUGUUCAUUAUCAUGAGCUUCAUUUACGCGAAGCUAUUGGUGGUGGUGUGCAUCGCUUACGUGAUUAGCGAAGUGGUCACGCACAAACUGCCGCUAUACUAUUACGAGGGUUUCUUCACCUAUUUGUACGGGGUUAGCAUCUUGUUCCUGUUGUACGUGUUCUGCUUCCUGUUGCAAGAGAGCGCGUGCUGCGCGAGGGGCAGCGACUCGCCGCCACCACCACCGAGACCUCCUAAGCCACCCAAAGAGCCCAAGGAUAAGAACAAGAAGAAAGAUAAGAAGGAUAAAGAGCAGAAGGCGGCGAAGAGCAAGAAAGAGUACCAGGACGCGGCUGAUGUCGAGGCUGGCGUGGCCACCCGGGCUUUGCGAAAACGAAAGACGUCGCAGAACGAUCAGAGCCAUGGAAGCUUCUUCCUUAGAAUCGGAGCAAUAGCAUUCGGUUUGGGAACAAUGGUGUACAAUGGUUUGGAAUUUGGUACGUUCUUCGAGGUACCACCUUCGUCACCGUGCUACCAGAUCCUCCAGGGCGUCAAUCCAGUUCUUCAAAUGAUCUUUACCUUCAUGCAGAUGUACUUUAUCUUCAUGAACUCGAGGUUGAAUAUUCAUCGAUUCAAAGUGAUCGCGCGUUUCGGAUUGAUGCACGUGGUCGCGACCAAUCUCUGCGUUUGGAUUCGCACCCUCGUGUUGGAGAGCAUCAAAGAAAUCACCAAGCAUCACCAAAAGAUGGGUCAGUUGGAAGCUGGCAUUCUUGAGAGCAUUAAACAACACUCGAUGAGAAACGCUGGUGCCAUUUUGGGAACGGCACCUCGCGACGUAGCUCUUUUACGAGAGGCGCCGUUAACUGCCACGAGGACAUCGUCGACUGCUACUUCGUCGAUCGCCAGCACAACGAUCGCCUCGUUUGGUCGCGUAAUGAGAACGACGGCAAGGGCAAUCGCUAGGGCUGUUACCUUACCCACCACCACCACUACCACCGACUGGAAUCCUCUAACCUCGACGACGACCUCCACCUCGGCACCCUUGCCUAAUCUAACUACCACCACCGCCAACACGUUGUCCACUUUGUUGACCACGCUGACACCGAAAACCACCACCGAACAGAGCACCACUCCCAGUACCACUACCAUUACCACCACCAUCACUCCACCUACCACAACUACUACCACCACCACCACGCCUUCGACAACGUUCUCAUCUUACUUCAUUGAACUGUUCGACGCACCGCAGGCCGACAACAAAGAAGAGAUACACCAGAUAUUCGACGUGAACAACCAAACGAACAGCAGCGAAUACUGGAGUCCAAACUUCGGUAUCUACGCGGAGGCGUUAACGGACGAAGAAAUGGCAUCCAAUUCGUGUGGUCGGGUCAAUAUCAUGGGAACCAUUGUGCAGGAUGCGGAACCGUAUCUGUUCCCCUUCAUCAUCGAAUACAGCCUGAUCGGUGCGGCGGUGAUUUACGUAAUGUGGAAACACAUUGGCCGGCAUCCACGUUGGCCCCAUCAGGUUGAAGCUGAUUUGGAACGCCGCCUCGAGGCUAUGCUGUCCCGAAGGGCUGUCGCUUUGGCUCACGCAGGUCACACAAGAGUGGACUGUGUAGGAGCGAGCAAAGGACUCUUCUUCGGCCUGCUGUUACUGGUUGGCUCUCUGAUCUGCCUGAUCCUCUUCUUCGUGCUGAUCCAUCAUCCGGACUUCGGUUUGAUCGCGAUUUACCUGGCGGACGUGUCGCAUUGCGUGCUGAUGGUGCUGUCGAUCGUCGCCAUAAUCGUCGGCUUCAUCCGUGUCCAAAGUUUGAAGUUCAAAGCCGAAGAGCAAAGCGACCUGAACGACAUACUGCUUCGCGUGUCAGGCUUCGGUUUCUUCGUCUACGCUGUGUUCAGCGUGAUCGCCGGCUCGUUGGCCGCGUUUACGCAUGAGCCAAACCUUUUGGUGAUGCUGACCGGACUGCUGUCGGUCGCACAGGUGAUCCUUCAGAUGCUGUUCAUCGCGGACGUGUCUCGUAGGAGGGUUCAUCUUCCGGAACACGAUCGCAGCAAGCCCGGACGACAGGUGGUCACAUUCCUUUUGAUCUGCAACCUGACCAUGUGGGUGAUCUACACGUUCGAGUCCCAGAAAGUGAUGGCUAAUCCAGUUCAGCUGGACUUCUACGGUUUCCUCGCUUGGGCCAUCGUGCAGAGGGUCACUCUGCCUCUGUGCAUCUUCCACAGGUUCCACAGCGCGGUCACGUUCGCGGAGAUCUGGAAGACCAGCUACAAGGCGCGCCUCGAGUAGACGGAAGAGACCGUUCGUCGGGAUCAAUAGCCCGGAGUGAUCGUCGUUUACGGGCAAGAAACGAAAGAAUUUUUGGCGGGAAGAGAAUAAACGAGGCCGAGGUCGCCUCUCGACGACUCGAACAUUCCUGUGGCUGCACGGUCGACCUUUGUCACUCGAAUCGAUCCCGUUGAAGAGAAAAAAAAGGAAGGAGCAGGUGGAUAGCAGCAGGUAAGAGGAGCUUUCAAGCUUCGACGAAUCGUAGCUCGAAGCUGUUCGGUAUUGGACAUAUCUUGGGACGUUCGUGGAUCGCUGAAGGAAUCAGAGCAGCCUCUUUGAGAAAUCUCUGAACGAAGACGCGCGCUUUACGGAUCGAGCGUGUAAAAAGAUGCGACAAAAUCCUCGUCGAGGAACUCGAACGACGACGAGUCGAGGGAUAAGAGUGUGAAGCCGAUGCAAGGCGUAGAUGCUCUUCGCGUCCUCCCGGGUCGUCGAGACCCGGAGGAGGAUCGCUCGAGCAUCGUUUUAUUUUUUUACGCGCGUUAUAUUUUUUUUCUCAGUUCUCUUAGCUUGACAGAGCGGCUUGAAACGUUGUUUCCUUGGUCGUAAACACCAGAUGAAAUAGCACGAAUCAGGGGAAAACAAAUGGAAAUAAUAUUAAUUCGUUCGACAGAACGAAGCAGAAAAAUGCAAAAAGAAAAAAAAAAAUGGUCAAAUCUAGAAGAGAACACGAAACAGGGCCCAUUUCCUUUCACCGCGUUUCUCAACCAUUCACGAUCUCUAUAUAACUGCCGUCAAAUUUUCUACUUUUAUAAUGUUAUACAUUGUACCUUCGCCCCAUCGUGCAUCGAGAACAUCGCUGAAUAUCGAUUCGCUCUUCGAGUUUGUCGGGACGAUUUCUCGACCGCCUCCCUCCAAAAACGAACACUCGACAAACACGACCAUCCUCGAUCGUUGGACCAACGCGAGAAAUCAAUCGGACACAUCGAAUCGAGCGUUCCGAAACAGAAGAAGAGCGAACCAGCUUCUUCAUCUCAUUAGCAGACGAGUAUCCACUUCGUUAGCGUGAUUCGUGAUAGCUUUAUACAUGGAAAUAACCGUGAUCUCUUUUUCGCGAUAAAAGAAAGUAGCAAUUUGGAGAGGAAAGGAGGACAAGAGACUCGAUGCAAGAACAGGGUGGUAAUAUUGUUUCGCAUUGCACUCAAGCAAAGUCAGGCAAAGUCGGUUUUCUACGGCGAGUACAGUCGCGUGCAACGACGCGUCUCCCUUAUUGUUAGAAGGGAAACUGUAGGAGAACGUAAACUCUCAUCGCUCAUAUUCGUAGACUAGCUUAUUCUCUAUUUAAAAAUUUACCCCCUCUGAUCUAACUGUGAUUAUUGCUGCAUUUAAGACAAGUAUCUACUAAAUAGCUUUACCGAUAAAGGAAAUACAUUCUGCAGCCCAACCUGCGACAUCGUCUUCUUCUACAUUUUCCUAUUAUUCCAAAAAGAAAUCGUUGCACGCGGUUGUACAACGACUCGCCGCCCCCGGAAACGAAAAUGUCGAAGGGUCGAAGGGAGAGAAAACGCGCCAAAUAUGUGUAUAUUUCGACGUUCAUUCUCGUUGCGUGCAAAGUACAAAGAUUGUUUCUAACUUUUUAGAAUCUUUUAUCGAUACACAACCUUUCGACGUUCAUGAUGCGAUAUUGAGAAUAUCCGAGUCGCUGACGAGUUGAUUCGCGUGUAUAAACGAGAACGGAUGACGAAUAAGAGAAAUGCGACGAUGAUUAUCGUGUUGCGAUACCGCGACGAUAAUUGUGUGUAUAAAGAGUAGAGAGGUACUUUCUUUUUCUUUCCUUUUUUUUUCCUUCGUUUUUCGUUCGAGGUGAUAUCGAACAUCCGAGAUAUCCAUCGAUGGAUGUUCGUUCCAACGGCAGAGAGGAGACAAUUGACGAACCACGAAUGUAGAUUUUAAUCGCGAGGCUAAGGGAUUUAAAAAAGAGUAACGAGAUAUCGUAGACGACGUUGUUUUAAGAUGGAUGCAUAAAAAUGAUUAUAAAGAUGACGAAAUUAUAGUUGGUAUACAAAUAGAGAUUCUCAUACACACACAUUAACACUCACGCUCAUUCACACGUACCCCCAUUCACUCACAUGAAAGAUUAUUAUUACCAUUGUCGUUUAAAAGAAGAAAAAAAAAAAAGCUAUCUCGUACAUCGACCGAGAAAGACGCAACAAAUUCUUUCGCAAUUUAACGCUUUCGUUACUGGUGACGCACCUGGUGUGUCUGUCGACGGGAUACACGAGGGACAGUAUAGAUUUCAACCAGCAGCGAAAGUGUUAAUGGAUAUCGUACAUCGUAGAUUCGUUGAGCAAACAAGAAACAAGGGAACGUGUUUUAUAUAGUGAUUAUACUUUGUGAAAUCCCUCCACGGAACCCCGUGGGACCCAAGGAAAUAAUCCAACCGUCAUACACGGAAGUUUACCCCGGUCGAGGUUACGUACCUAGCUAUUCGAGUCUAAAUAUUUUAAUUCUUAGACGUAACGUAUAAUUGAGAGAGAGUGAGAGGCAAGAAACGAGAGAAUGGAAUUUCUGAACGUGAUUAUACAUAAAGAUUAAUUAUAUUAGGUGUACGCAAAAGUAUCAGUCCCUUUUUCAGCAUUUUGCAUUUUUGAGAAAUUUUAUCAUUGAUAAAGAUCGCAACAAUUUUUCUCUUCUAUUACCUACUCUUUUAAUAAACCAACGAUAUGGUAUAAAAAUAAAGCAAUUUUGCAAAAGGAAUACUGAAACUUUUGCAUACUCCUGAUACAUAAUUGUACCCCAAGACGAUAUUAUUAAAAAACAAAAAGUAACACGAUAUAAAUAUGACAAAAAAAAUUAAGAAGUAUAUAUAUAUAUAUUAUAUAUAUAGAUAGAUAUAUAUAUAAAAAUGCGAUUAUGGAGAUCUUUUAUUGACUUCGAUGUGCACGACUGCGAGCCAAGUGCUGCGUGCAAACAUGUAAAUAAUGAUGCACAGUAAAUUAUUGUUCAGCAGAGUGUCUGUGAAACAAAAAGCAAUUACAUUCGUGAAUUCUGUUUCGCGAGGGGGUGCGAUCGAAAAGGGGUGCGCUUGUGAUUCGUCGAACGUUCAACGUACACUUAACGCUUUACCAAUUUCAUUUAAUUAUUUAGCGGAAUGGUAAAGGAAUUUUCGAUUUUUUAACCUAUUCAAUUUCUCAAUCUUAUCGCACCGCACUUGACGUCGACUCGCGCUCCUUCGCCAUGGAACUCCCUCGUUUCGACCGAAAUUAAGAAAAUCCAUAAGCAGAAGAACCGUAAUCGUACGCCAACGUCCGCUGAUUUCGAUGGAAAGAAAAUAAGGGCAAAGCAAUCGUUCGUUUGGUCGAAUAUCGAAUCUUUUCACGAACGCUCUGCCCGAGAAUCAGCGUGUGCCAGAUAGAAAAAGAUAGGAAUUGGAUACGGAGCCUAAACAGGGAACAACAAGAGAGAAUGGACAUUAAUCAACAAGGCACUGCCACCAUACAGGACCAACAAAUGUCGAGCAAAGAUAGAACAAAAUGAGAAGGAAGCGAGAAGAACGAAGCACGCGCAAAUACAAAGAGGGAACCAAAUAAACCAGACGAUUUCCGAGAUAAAUGAAAAGAAGAUACAAGAUGCGGUUGCGAUGAUGGUACAAUUAUGCAUGGGCUGAUUUUCUAUCAUCGUAUGUACAAUGAUCGCAGCCACGUGCUGUACAAGAAGCCAAUACCCUUCCAUGUUUAACGAGAACGCGUGUGGAUGUGCGUGUGCUUGCGCGAGAGACUGACGAACGAUGCGUGUACGACAAUGUUUUUAUUCGGCAAACAACGUCUUUGUAUACUCUAGCCGUGUUCUAGAGAACAGGUGAAUCAUGGUUCUUGUAUAUGUACAUCAGUAUCUCGAUAGUAGCCGUAAGCCUAACCAAGUGAGUCGCGGAUUUGCUUUGCCGAACCGAUUAGAAGCGCCGAGAAAUCGACAAUUUUUUCCGUGUAACGAUUUCACUUUCGGCGAUGUUACGUCGUCGAAUCGUGGGCAAAUUGAUUCGCGAUUGAAUUGAUUGAAAAAUAAUCACGCGAAUCGGCAAAUACAAGCACGGGAAUGAUUUUCGGCGACGAACAAGGUGAAAGCAAAUCCGCGACCCGUCGUCAUUUAACAUUACGUAGUGAGUUUUCGAUGUCUUCGAGCAUAAUUACCAGUUUGUACACAUUACACAAUAACAAAACCGCGCACAACAAACGACAUAAUCACGACUCUAUCAGAGACACAAUAAAUAUACGAAGGAUGGCGAUCGAAUGGAUGAUGGAACUUUGUUGGUAUACAAGAGGUUUGAACAGACGCAGGAUUCACAAGAGAGAAAUAAAGGGAUAUUAAAACUUUACAAAUUACAUGUUGUCGUGUAAGCUGUUCUUUGAAGUCGAGUAGCGACGAUUACGACCGUUAACAGUCGUAAGAAGAAGAAAAAAAAAAAAAAUGAAUUCGCUCAUUCAUCAAUUCCCAUUUUUUGAUUGUAUAACGUUAACACGCCGUUUCAUUGUAAUCCGUUGGGGCGGCACAUCACCCUGUGCCGCCGUCAUUUGUAACAAUAUACGAUUAUAUUGGUUAAUAAAAGUUAUCUAGAU